GCAGCUUCCUCCAACCCAACCACCGCUAACAUCACUUCCGUCAACUUGCUUCUGAAAUGGGUGAACCGUAACCGGGCAGCGGCCAAUCGCCUGCCUCAAGUAGGGCAGGGAGCCAGCGGCAGUCGGAAGGCAGUGACGUAAGGCGGAAAUGGCGUUCCUUGUGGGUGGUGUGCUGUAGGAGGCAGCAUGGCGGCGCGGGCUGUGGCGGCCGGGAGGCCCUGGCGGAGGCUGAUGCCCGCCGCGCUGUGGGAGCGGCCGCGCUGCCUGCAGCACGAGUGGCAGCCUGGCCACCCCGACCAGCCCAUACAAAUGGAGAACCCCUAUAAAGAGCCUCCUAAAAAAUGUGUCUUAUGUGGAAUAAAUGUGGACUACAAGAAUGUGCAGCUCCUUUCCCAGUUUGUUUCUCCGCAUACUGGCUGCAUUUAUGGCAGGCAUAUAACAGGCUUGUGCAACAAGAAGCAGAAGGAAAUUUCAAAAGCCAUUAAAAGAGCUCAUGUAUUUGGACUUAUGCCAGUUAUGUUUAAGAACCCAUCAUUUCUCACAGACCCCAAGAUAUGUAAUGUCAAAUAUCCAGAGUAAUAUGUUAUAAAGAAAUAAACAAUAAAACUACUUUUCAAGUUUAUAUACUUGUUUAUUGGAAAUGUGGCUAGCAUAAUACAUCACUGAAUGGAGGGUGGAUGUCAGUUGCUUUUUAUGAAAUGUCAAGUCUCUAAAAUUGUCUGAAGAAAGUAUGAAAGAUGAAAGCCAGUCGUAGAAAUUGGCAACUGUAUGUACCACUUCCUCUGCUCACAGGUCUUUGCUGAAGUUCAGGUAGCUGUUUUUCCCUUGCUGGAUUGGAAGGGGGGAAAAAUAAGUACUGGAUAGGUAAGGAUAAAUUAAAGUAUUUAAAUUGUGGCAAUUUAUCUAGACAGCUAAUUCUGUUAAGCAUGUUACCUGUGUUCAUUUGAUGCUCCCUGCCUCUGCUGACGGAAGGGUAGUACUGCUUCUUCAACAGCAGCUUGAAGCUGUAUCAUUCUGAGGCAAUAUGUGACAUGAUUAUAUGACUGCUAACAUCCUGCUAGCAUAGUCUUUAAACCCUGAGAGAGCUAAUACAGAUUUAACUCUGGAAGGCAAAAUGAGGGAAUGUCACCUGAAUUUGUCUCUAUGCCAAACAGGAUUCAUGCAGUGGGGAAAAAAAAACCCCCAAACCUGUAUGUCUUGCAAAAAUGCACUGUUUUUUUUUAACCCCUGCAGUGCUAUAAAUUGAUAUGUCACUUGAAUGUGCUGGCAGUAGCUUUUGGUGCAAAGGCACCUGGACAAAUCAUUAACAGAUCAGAAAGUAGGAGAGUGUGGGUAUUCAUUUGUAUCCCUCACUUUUUCCAACAUGUCCUCAUCUGUUUCAGUGCUACUCAGUGUAAGCUUCCUUUCCUGGUCACUGUCUUCUUGGUCUCGAAGUAAUUUUUGAUGAAGCUGCACUGAUUUGGAUUUCUUGAAUGACUUUGAUCCUGUUGUGGUCCCUCUGACUUUACGCUUGGUUAGGUGUCUUGUUUCGGCUUCAGUGAAGUCUCUUUCUUCUACCAUGAGAGUCAGUUUGUCCAUGACAUUAAUAUUAUGGUCAAUGUUACAGCAGUUCUUGCGUAUCUGUUGGCCUUUGAAGGAAACAAUACAUGUCUGAAGUCCAGAAUUGGGGAAGAAUGUUUGCAGUGCCUGACAAAGGAGAACAUUCUCCUUUGGCUCUCCUGGGUAGUCUCUGUCUUCUGGGAGGAAAAAAAAAGAAAAAGCCAAAAAAAAAAAAAAAAGAAGCUAAAGUUGCAGUCCCUCUUUGCAUACCUCUACCACUACUCUUCUGGCUGCCUCAAGUUCAGAACUGAUUUGUGCUUCUGCCAGCUGAAUCAACUUUGGAAGUCAUUA